AUGGGCUUCCUCAAUGAGGCGGUCAUCGAAGGUAUGUCAGUGUGCCACCAGAGAGCCACCGUCAGUCCACCGAGCACUUGAUGGUCUCUGUGUUGGUGUGUGUACCAGGGACGUGGGAUAGCGGUCGCGUCCGUGAGGGGCUCACACUGCCGCAGGCGUGUGGGCUCUUUCACGAUGCGUUGGAGGGGCUAGGGAAGUUUCAUGAGUGGGGCAUCUCCAUUAAUGACAUCAAGUCAAAUGUAAGCCAAGACAAGCACACAACCAGAAAGAGAAUGAUACAAGGGCCACGCCAACGACACAAUCAACUCGUCUGUGUGUAUGGUGUGUAUGGGUAUGUGCAGCCCGACAACGCGGGCAGCUACCGAGGGCAUGGCGUGUGGUUCGACUACGACACUGCCGUGAGACAGACGCACACCCAGACAGACACCACGUAUCACAGUGUUGUUUACGUCUUGCGUGUAUUCCAUUGCAAAGAGACGGCGUCUGGUAUCCGUGUGCGCGUGUGUGUGGCGUGCAGGGGCGGGAGGGAGUUUGGCUCGAGGGGGGUUUUGUGGGUGCGUUGCCGGGAGGAAGACCACUCCACCACUCCGGGUAUGCACCCAUCCAACCCCCGACUACGGCACUCGACCUAUCGCUGCGUGUCUGUCUGUCUGUCUUUGUUGGUGUACCUGCAGGCGGCUGGCACUGGCGUUGCCCCACGCCACCUGUCCAGUGCGGCCCGCGAGAACCGCUUGAAUGAAUGGGGUUCGUGCGGGUGGGGAGGGAGGGAGCCGGGGAGAGGGAGAGGGAGGUCACACGCGUGGAGCUACCCCGAGAGGUGAUACAACGCACAACACGACUCACCAAUGGGGAUGAUAUGUGUCAUGUCCGUCAUCUUGGCGGUGCCUGUUGGUGUGUGGGUGUCAGGGCUCGGCGACCGUGCAGGGCCCGACGCCCGCCGCUCCCCGCGCCACCGGUAGGUGCUGACACGACAUCAAUCAACUCAUCUCCCCCUCACUCACUGGUUUGGAUGACCUGUGUGGCCCUCAGGAGCGCCAGUCUUCGAGGCCCCUCUACGACCGGCGGACGACGACGAGUUGCCCGACGAGGCCCAGCUGCCCGCACCGCAGUGGCGUGUGCCCGGGGCUGUGCGGCUGGACGCCAUCAAGCCGGAGCAAUACGUCCAGGUAGGAUGGAUGAAUGGAUGGGUGACAUCACACCAGCAGAUGGACAAAUGGAUGUGUUUCCCGUGUUGGUGUGUGUGGUCAGUUGCAGAGGCUGCUGGAGUUCCUCGACGGCGACGUCGUGGUACGCACACAAACACCACACGCACACAGAGAGGGAGAGAUCAGAUGCACACACGCUUUUCUGUGGUGUGAUGUUGAUUCAGGGGGAGCUGUUGCGGUACGGCCUUCGGGUGCGUACGGACAGCGUGGGCCACCCCAGGAUCGUCGGCAAUGGCGGCAACGGCACGGUCGUGCACUUGGACUAUAUCGACGCUGGCCAGGUGCCUAAGGACGCCCCGCAGCUGUCCAUCAAGCUCAUCAGACAGGCUGAUGAGGACAACUGGGUACACACAACACACGUCCAUCCAUUCGUGUAUGUCUUGUAUGUGUGUGGGUGUGUGGGUGUGUGUGCAGGUCAAGGAGGGCUUUCUUUUUGGUGGAGGAGGCCGUGGCCAGGCCAGCAGUACAGCCAAAGAGGACGGACAAGGACACCCCAGGCAAGUGGCAUGGAGUCAGGUAGGAGAGUGAUGUGUCAGAAGUCUGUUUAUGUCACCCCCUUUGUGUGUCGUCUCAGGUGAUCUCAUAUCGCCGCCUACGUUUUAUAUUCGUCCGGAUUUUCGACGUCCAGACAGACACGCGUGGGGUUAACGAUAUCUGUUUCCCUUCCUGCUGUUGCUCCCCUGUCAUCGUGACUCGUUCUGAUCCAUCUAUCCAUGUGAGCAGCUCACAAACACGGGCAGGUGUGAGUCACCAGUUUGGUCAUCUGUCUGAUAUCGCCUUCGUUGCAGGCCCAUUGCAUGUGAUCAAGACGAUGAAUAUCGCAGCGGCGGCGGGCAACACACCGGUGCCCUUCACUGGCGGUAAGUCAGUCACUUGACACCACUUGAAUCUCCACUUCUUCGUGUCUGUGUGUGUGGUGUGUUUGCAUGCCUAUCCUUCGAACAUUCAGCCGUCAGCUUCCCCGACUCGAUCAACACGAGGACGCAGACCAUGAUGCUUCUGUGUCUGUGGCGCAGCAUGACGGCCGAGAGGAUGCUGGGGCUCAUCAGGAGGGGGGCCGACGCCACAGCCAUCGUCGUCAUCCCACGCCUUACCAGCCGCCAAACAUGCGGCAUGCAGCUGCCGGCGCAGGAGCACCACUUUAGCCUUAUCGAGACCGUGUGCGGCGAGCUAUUAGUGACCGUCGACAGGGUAUGCACACCUUCGGAAGCACACAUACACACCUUACUUGAGAGGGUCACUCUCUGCUGCUGGAAUGUGUGCAGCAGCGGCUGAGAGGGACAACAAGAAGCCCUCACAGCCCUCAGACGACACGCAAUUGGCAGCCGGCCAAGGACAACACCAAGAGGGCAUCGAUCUGGACGACUCCCCGGGCAGAUUAA